GGGUUAUUCUGUUCUGCCUUUUUCCCCCCACUCUGUUGUCGGAUCUGCUCUCUUUCUCUCUCUGUGACUAGCUCGCCUUCAUGGUUGAAGGGAACUGAGCUGUUCGCCGUUUUGCUUUCCCCAGCUAGGUUGAAGUACUCGAGCUAGGGGCAGAUGUCUUUCUUCUCUUUCCUCUGCUGCAGAAAAUCCUCCGACCGGAGAGAGGGGAGGAAGUCGAGCACUUGGAGGGUUUUUUCCCUCAAGGAGCUGCACGCGGCCACGAACAACUUCAAUUACGACAACAAGCUAGGUGAAGGGGGAUUUGGGAGCGUUUAUUGGGGUCAACUAUGGGAUGGAUCUCAGAUUGCUGUUAAGAGGUUAAAAGUUUGGAGUAACAAGGCUGAAUUGGAGUUUGCUGUUGAGGUGGAAAUUUUGGGAAGAGUGAGACACAAAAACCUUCUUAGCUUGCGUGGAUAUUGCGCCGAAGGACAAGAGCGCUUAAUAGUAUAUCACUUCAUGCCUAAUUUAAGUUUAUUAUCCCAUCUUCACGGACAGCAUUCGGCAGAAUGCCUUCUGGACUGGGGCAGAAGAAUGAAUAUUGCUAUAGGAUCAGCUGAGGGCAUUGCUUAUCUUCACCACCAUGCGGUGCCUCAUAUUAUCCACAGAGACAUCAAAGCAAGCAAUGUUCUACUAGAUUCCAGUUUCCAGGCAAAAGUUGCUGAUUUUGGAUUUGCGAAGCUCAUUCCUGAAGGCGCAACUCAUGUUACCACAAGGGUGAAAGGUACUCUGGGCUAUCUUGCCCCUGAAUAUGCUAUGUUUGGUAAGGCAUCCGAGAGUUGCGAUGUUUAUAGUUUUGGAAUACUAUUACUAGAGCUUGCUAGUGGAAAAAAACCAUUGGAAAAGUUGAGCCCAACGGUGAAGCGAUCCAUCACUGACUGGGCACUCCCACUUGCUAGAGAGAAAAGGUUUAAUGAAAUGGCAGACCCAAAGCUCAAUGGCAACUUUGUGGAAGCUGAAAUGAAGAGAAUGGUGCUUGUUGCUCUAGUUUGUGCUUAUAGCACUCCUGAGAAGAGACCUACAAUGCUGGAAGUGGUGGGUUUGCUGAAAGGGGAAUUGAAGGAGAAACUGGCAAAUCUGGAAAAUGAUGACAUGUUCAAGCCAGAACUCAUCAGAAAAAGUCAAGGUUCGCCUGCUGUUGACAGUUCUAAUGGUGUUUGUGAGCAGAAAGAUUCAAAAGGGGAUGUGAAACAAGAAGCUGAUCAAAUUUCUGAAGUUGCAGAAACAAGGUGAAUUCUGCUUGGUACAUAAGUUAUAUAGAAGAAAUGUGCAUGUACCAUGUAGCCAAGAAUCAACUUUAAUCUGGAUAAUUUUACAUGGUUUGUGUUUUU